AUGGCUCACAACAUCCUCGGUGUUCUAUUUACUGUCGUAGCGACCGUCACAAUUUUAAAUACCAUCUUCCGCUCCCCACCCCAAACCCUGCAUAGUAACGCUAAAACAGCCGUAAAAACCGCAUUUUUUUACUCUUUAGUCCCACUAGUGGCUUUUAUAUACCAGGGCUCCAACGAAGGGAUAAAUACCGUAUCUGAUUGGGAGUGAGUUAAUCUAGGCCUUACAACACUAAACAUUACCUUCAAAUUUGAUAUGUACCAAAUCAUCUUUUUACCCAUUGCCCUACUAGUUACUUGGUCUAUCCUAGAAUUCUCUACCUGGUAUAUAGAACAAGACCCUAAAAUGGGGGCAUUUUCUAAGCAUCUCCUAAUUUUUCUACUGGCAAUAAUUAUGCUUAUUUCAGCAGGAAACAUGGUAGUUCUCUUUUUAGGGUGAGAGGGGGUAGGCUUCAUGUCAUUUCUGCUCAUCGGCUGGUAUCAUGCCCGAAGCGAUGCAGCCACAGCAGCACUACAAGCCGUUAUAUACAACCGCAUUGGAGACAUCGGAUUCCUUCUAGCAUUCUGCUGACUGCUUAAAAAUUCAGUAUCUACAAACCUUGAUUAUAUUUUUUCUACAUCUUCUUCAACCUUCCUCCUUAUCGCUUUUAUCACGGCGGCCGCAAGUAAAUCAGCCCAAUUUAUGCUCCACCCAUGACUUGUGUCAGCUAUAGAAGGGCCCACCCCCGUAUCGGCGCUACUCCACUCCAGCACUAUGAUUGUGGCCGGUGUCUUUCUAUUAGUCCGCAUUCACCCCCUCCUUGCCCAAAAUCAGCUAGCUCUUACAAUCUGCUUAUGUUUAGGGGCUAUUUCCUCUGCCUUCGCCGCCAUAUCUGCCCUAACUCAAAAUGAUAUUAAAAAAAUUAUCGCCUUCUCUACCUCUAGUCAACUAGGCCUCAUAAUAGUGUCAAUUGGGGUUAAUUUACCUAAUUUAGCGUUCUUCCACAUCUGCACUCACGCCUUUUUCAAAGCCAUACUCUUCCUGUGCUCGGGGAUUAUUAUUCACAACCUAAAUAAUAAUCAAGAUAUUCGCUUCAUAGGGGGCCUCCAUAAAGCCCUGCCGAUUACAACCAUCUGUGUUGUCGUGGGUAGUCUGGCCCUGGUGGGAACACCCUUUUUAAUUGGCUUUUACUCUAAAGACGCCAUUAUUGAAGCUACAAUUACCUCAUCCGCUAAUACAACAGCUAUUUUACUUACCCUAAUCGCUACCGCAUUCACUGCCGUUUAUAGUCUUCGACUAAUUUAUUAUACUGCUAUAAGCCAACCACGAAGUAGCCAGGUAACCUCCUUUGAUGAGAGUCUCCCCGCAGUAAAAGGCCCGAUCACACGCCUCGCUAUUGGAAGCAUUAUCUCCGGCCCCCUUCUCUUUUACCUUCUCUUCCCUGCACUACCAACUACCCACACUAUACCAACAUUCAUCAAGCUGACAGCCCUGAUUAUUACACUACUGUCGUUCCUAAUUGCCUAUGACCUAGCACAACUCUCCUGAUUUACCCCGCCAAAAGAUCAUGCCCUAUCUAAAACCUUUGAACCCUCGGCCUAUAGCCGAGUUUUUCACCGUGUGGUUGUAACUACUACACUAGACUCGGCCUGACAAAUCGUGUCACACGUAAUUGAAAAUACCUGGAUGAAAUUUCUGGGGGCUGAUGUGUUUCCCUCGGCUCAACUGCACCCCACUAAACUCAUUAACAUGACACACAAAGCAAUGAUCCAACUUUAUAUAGCGCUAUUUUUUAUUUCCCUCGUACUAGUGUUACUUACUUUAUUACUUGUUUCUUACUGAUCGUAA